AUGUCCGGACUGACCUACGUUAAUGGCUCCUGCCAUUGUGGACUCAAUGUCUUCCGCGUCGGCUUCCUCACUUCCCUACUCCCGCUCUCCAUCGAUCUUUGCCACUGCUCCAUAUGCCGCCACACCUCUGGACAACUAGCUUUUGCACAUGCCCCCAUCUCCGGCUCCCCGCUGGCACGCCCUUCUACCCCGGCAGAAGGCGAUCCCAACGUUCCUCCUUUCGACUUAGUUGGUAUGACUGGAUACCAGAGCUCUCCCAACGUCACACGCUAUUUCUGCAAGGCGUGUUCUGCACAUCUCUUCCGCGCACUGAACGACAACGAAGUAGAUGGGGGAAAGAAGUGGGCGGUCGCGGCUGGGGCGUUGGAGACGACGAACGGAAUACUGAAUGUUUCGCGUCACACCUGGGUCUCUGACACUCUCGACGGCGGUAUUGCAGAUCACCUCAGGAGGAUCGAGGGUGUGGGUGCGCUUCCAAGAUACAAGGAGGGCCCGGGUAGUCCAGGGGUGCCUCUCGGUUGGGACGUCGUAGAGGCCAAACAGGGCGACAUCCCCCUUCUCAAAGCCUUCUGCCAUUGCCGUGCCUUGCGCUUCGCCAUUUCGCGGCCGACGGACAAAUCUGUCUUAUCCGAGAUUGGCGCAUCCAGCUACCCCGACCUCAUGUACGCCUACGUUUCGACCGACCCGUCCAAGAUACAGAACCCCCACGGCGACCCGUGGUGGCUCGCCCCGCACGACUCCCCGACGAAGACGAAGUACCUCGCUGGUCACUGCACCUGUACGACUUGCCGUCUCACCAGCGGGUCCGAGGUCCAAUCGUGGACAUUCGUUCCCCUUAUCAACAUCCUCGUCCCCAGCCCGACAGCACCAUCGGAGGCGGACGAGUGGGUCCCCCUUUGCUUGUUGAAGGACGAGGAGAGGCCGAAGGGAUUGACGCAAUACAACUCCAGCCCUGGGAGGUUCCGCGAGUCUUGCUCGACGUGUGGUGCGACGGCGUUCUGGUGGAGGAAGGGGGUGCCGGAUCUCAUAGAUUUCUCCGUCGGUUUUCUGGACGAGCGCAUCGCUGGAACGAGGGCCGAGGCUUGGUUGGACUGGUGGACCGGUCGAGUCAGCUUCGAGGAAGAAGCUCUCUCGCAUGACAUCGCGAGCGGUUUGGAGGAAGGGUUGAAGGAGUAUGCGAAUAAAGCGUAA